AUGGUGAACAAAUACUUUAGUUCCCUUAUUGCCACCACUCGAACGGAAGCGGACAUCGUGUGCCAACCUGGCUGGGUCGACGCCAUCAACCGCAGUCCCUUCCUGCGAACGAUCGUGCUGCGUCGAGAGAGCGCUCCUGACGACAUUCGUCGCUUCUGCCGCAUUAUAAAGAAUGACGGUUUCCCCGAGCUCACCGAUCUGAAACUUGUGUAUGUGGGCGAGGAAAAUCUCCACAGCAUCCUCAACGCGUUUCAGCAAAAAAUCUCCCGGUCGAUCCGUCUGAACAUUAUUUCAAAGGAUUUCACCGCGGGAGUGACCAUCGCCGUCUACGAUUUGACCCAGCGCGUCUGCUACUCGUUCGCCGAGGCCGCGCAGGAGAGUCUCUACUUCGUCCUGGGCCGUCUCCGCCUGAUAACGGACGACGUGGAAGGCAUCGAGCAUUUCUUCAAAACCGUGGACUUCUCCUCGUUCUCGCGUCUGCAGGAAAUCACGCUCUCGUCGUGCCCGCUGCAGAAGCGCGGGUUCGAGCUGUUCAUUCGCUCGAUGUGGCCGGAAGGCGCGUCCUCGAGCGACGUGCCGCCGGUGCGCGUGCUGCGCUUGGACGAAGUGCAGCUUCACAACACGGCGAUGCUGUCGAUGGCGUCCGUGAUGAACCGAGGACUCUUCGCCAACCUGGAGGAGCUGGAUUUGUCGUCGAAUAAGAUCUCGGAGAAGGGGAUCCGCCUGCUGGCGGACGCUUUGUCGAACUUCGCGUGUCCCAACCUCAAGAAACUGCUGCUCACAGACAAUUUCGUGUCGGUCGGGAACAUGGUCUGCCUGUUCUCCGCGCUGAAGGACGGCUGCUGCCCUCUGCUGAGCGAGCUGGAGUUCGGACACACCGGCAUCGGGCAGGAGGAUCUGGAAGCGUUCGCGGAGUAUCUGACGACGCCGUACGCGGAGAAUCUCUCGCGUCUGAACCUGAGCAACAACCCGCAGGUGACGGCCGCGCUGCCGGGACUGUUCGAGGCGAUGGAGAACGGGUCGAGCGAGAGCAUGAAGACGCUUCUGAUGGAGGGCGUGUCGCUGGCGCGCAAGGAGAUCGAGGGACUCGCGCGAUGGCUGCUCUGCGGGAAGGCUGCGAAGCUGCGCGCGCUGAUUCUGCGGUGCAAUCUGCUGGACGAGGGCGCGUUCCGCGUGCUGCUGGAGACGAUGAUCGAUGCGCGCUGCCCGCGACUCAACGCGCUGGAUUUCAGCUCGAAUCUGAUCGGAAGCUUCACGGAGGCGGACUGGCUGCCGCUGCUGUCGAAGGACGGCGAGGAAAUCGUGUUCGAGCAGGUGGAUUUCUCGUUCAACCCGCUCUCGGACAACGACAUGCGGCUGCUGCUCAUGUUCUUAUCGCGCUUCUCGCAUCUGGAGAAGACGCGUCGCAUGGCGUUCGCGGGGAAUCAAAUCACCGCGGAGACGUUCAACUUCCUCUUCAAAGCGAUCCCGGAAGACGUCAGCUCGCUCUCCUUCCUUUCAAUCGACUCCUGCUCGCUCCAAGGCGUCGGACCCUACUUCGCAGACUUCCUCGCGAGCCGCGCCGCCUCGCAGCUGACCUCUCUGUCGCUCCGCGAUUGCGGAUUGACGAAGCGGGACGUGCUGCAGAUUCUGGAUGGGCUGGAUCAGGGAGCCUGCGCCAUGCUGAGCACGCUGCGGCUGGACGGAAACCCCGAGAUCGAUAACCAGUUCGUACAGAGGAUUCUGCAGAGUAUCGGGGAGAAACAGUCGCUUCCGAGCUUGACGAGGCUGGAGGCCGGAUACACGCAGAUUAAUGGGGAGGGAGUGGAGAUGUUUUUGAAAUUCUUUAAGGAGCACGCGACACGCUUGCAGUCGCUGGAUCUGUCGAGUAUUAAUAUUAGCUCGGAAGAGAAGGAUCUCUAUAAGCAGCAGAUGAAGGAGUUUUUCUCUGGUCAUUGUAGUUUCUAUUUUGUUUUCUUAAAUACAUUUUCAAGGAAGAAUGAAUAG